GGCCGCCCCCGGCACCACGUAAAACGCCCCCGCCCGCCUAGCCGCGGCCCAGGCCCGAGCGGAGCCUGCCACCAGCCGCUCGCCUCCCGAGCCCUGCGCGUCGCCUCCCGGCGCGGGAGGAGGCGGAGGAGGAGGAGGAGGCGCCGCCUUCCCCGCGCCGCGCGCCCUCGCCGUUGUCUGCGCCCCGCUCUGGACCAGUUUGGGGAAGUUACCCGGGCCCCGCGUCGUCCAGAUGUGCGACCUCAUUGAGCCGCAGCCGGCCGAGAAGAUCGGCAAGAUGAAGAAGUUGAGGAGAACUUUGUCGGAGAGUUUCAGUCGCAUCGCUUUGAAGAAAGACGACACCACCUUUGAUGAGAUAUGUGUCACAAAGAUGUCUACACGGAACUGCCAGGGAAUGGACUCAGUGAUCAAACCUCUGGACACAAUUCCUGAGGAUAAAAAAGUGAGGGUUCAGAGGACACAGAGCACUUUUGACCCAUUUGAGAAACCAACUAAUCAAGUAAAGAGGGUACAUUCUGAGAACAAUGCUUGCAUUAACUUUAAGACCUCCUCCACUGGCAAAGAGUCGCCUAAAGUUAGGCGGCACUCCAGCCCCAGCUCGCCGACCAGUCCCAAAUUUGGAAAAGCUGAUUCAUAUGAAAAACUGGAAAAACUAGGGGAAGGAUCUUAUGCUACAGUAUACAAAGGGAAAAGCAAGGUAAAUGGGAAGUUGGUAGCCCUGAAGGUGAUCAGGCUGCAGGAAGAAGAAGGUACACCUUUCACAGCUAUCAGGGAAGCUUCUCUAUUAAAAGGACUAAAACAUGCCAACAUAGUACUGCUUCAUGACAUCAUCCAUACCAAGGAGACGCUGACACUUGUGUUUGAAUAUGUGCACACUGAUUUAUGUCAGUACAUGGACAAGCACCCUGGAGGGCUGCAUCCAGAUAAUGUGAAGUUGUUUUUAUUUCAGUUGCUGCGAGGGCUGUCUUACAUCCACCAGCGUUAUAUUUUGCACAGAGACCUGAAACCGCAGAACCUUCUGAUCAGUGACACGGGGGAGUUAAAGCUGGCAGAUUUCGGUCUUGCAAGAGCAAAAUCCGUCCCUAGCCACACAUACUCCAAUGAAGUGGUUACCUUGUGGUACAGACCUCCAGAUGUCCUCCUGGGCUCGACAGAAUAUUCCACCUGCCUUGACAUGUGGGGAGUCGGUUGCAUCUUUGUUGAAAUGAUCCAAGGAGUUGCUGCUUUUCCAGGAAUGAAAGACAUUCAGGAUCAACUUGAACGAAUAUUUCUGGUUCUUGGAACACCAAAUGAGGACACAUGGCCUGGAGUUCAUUCUUUACCACACUUUAAGCCAGAACGCUUUACCCUGUACAGCUCUAAAAACCUUAGACAAGCAUGGAAUAAGCUCGGCUAUGUGAAUCAUGCAGAGGAUCUGGCCUCCAAGCUCCUACAGUGUUCCCCAAAGAACAGACUAUCGGCACAGGCCGCCUUGAGCCACGAGUAUUUUAGUGACUUGCCCCCACGGCUAUGGGAACUGACUGAUAUGUCUUCUAUUUUUACCGUCCCAAAUGUGAGAUUGCAACCAGAAACUGGAGAAAGUAUGCGGGCCUUUGGGAAAAACAAUAGUUAUGGCAAAAGUCUAUCAAAUAGCAAGCACUGACGAGCACAACAUUCUUGGGAGAGAGCAGGAUUAAGUUGUCAUCAUUCUGAGAAGAAAAAAAAAAAAAGCAUUAACGAAGUGGCCAAUAAGAUGAAGGGAACCAUGGAUCAGUUUCCUUUUGCUCCCUGUGGUGGAUUUCACUUACAAGAAAAUUGAAGCUGGCAAGACCCUGUUUUCUCUGCAAUUUAUUUAAAACCUUGCACGCAUUUGGAUACCUUGUGAUUUCCAAGAACUAUGUGAAGAUUAAGCUUUGCUUACCGAUACAUGGCAUGUAUUCUUUUCAGUCUUUUGUGUUUGAUUUUGUUUGAUUUCCCUCUGCAGCGCAGCGUCUCUGUAAAGGUUUUUAUGCUUUCACCAGCCAUGUCUUAAGUACAUUAAGACAACACAUUCGGUGUUCACACUUCUUCAGUAAUGUCUGUACUUGAAAGCCACAUAGUGGCAUGAAACAAUGUGUGUUUUCUUUGAGAGCAGUGCACAUUUUGCAACCACUAGGAAGGAAAUUUUUCACUAAAGCAAACCCCUGUUCUCUGAAAGACUUGACAACUUGGUCCCUGACUGUGGGGCCCCACCUGCCGCUUACCUUUUGAGGACAUUUACAAAUGUGGUUUUUUUCUUGGAAAUAACUGCGCAUUUAUAUAUCAGAAUCUACUUAGCAUUUUCAAGCCACAUAGCAUGACUGUUUUCUGAGUAGGUUGGAAGUGAAGAAACAGAUAUCAAGCAUUAAGAACAAAGACAGGGAUAAAUUGCUUACUUUUCAACCUCUGGAGAUUGAGGUAACUUUUUUACAUGUGUUCUGGGUCUUGUCAACAUUUUAUUUUUUCCAUCCACUCUGUUACACUUUGUAUUUUCUAAAUGGAGAAAAGAGUGAGGAACAGAACGUUUAAAACUUGGGUGUAAAAGAAUCGUAUCUGCUGGAUGAGCCAUGAAAGCAGUCUUGGCUGGUUAACACUUAAAAAGCAAAUUACAGAAUUACCCAGAGUUAAAAGUUUGCUCAGAUACAACAAAGCACCUUUGAAUUACAUUUUUUAAAAAUAUUCCAAGCUGAUUGGAAUACAUCAUUGGGUUCCUUACUUUAAACGGUUUCCAGGAAUAAUUGUUCAAAUGCAGGUUUUAGAAACAAUGCAGGAGUCGUCUUGCUUUAAAGAUGGAAAAUGCAAGAAGAAAGGCCCAGCUUCCCUUGGGUAGGGAGUUGAGGGACCUUGAAGGACGAAGCAAGUAUGUGAUACUGAGGGAAAAGUGGACCAGACACAUGUUGUGCUUUCAUCUGGAGGGAGAGCUGCCUCCAGCUCCCAGGCCAGCUCCCAGUGGGCAGGCCUUGCUGCAUCUCCAUUAACACCGAGGCCACGGGAGCAGUUAGGAAACUUCAUCUAAAGCAUAGAACCUAGCUCUCCAGGACACGAACUGCUAUGGAAAUACCUUCGUGUACAUUUUAUACAUUUUCCUAUUAGUCAGAAAGGAGAGAAUAAGAGCUUGAAGUGUGUCACACUUUUUUAGGAUCAGGAUUAGGAUUUAUGAGCCAGUUUGACAAGGACUUUCUCUGAGAGUCAGGUGAGGGAAAGCUUUUCUACAGUCAAAAACAGGAUACCUAGGUCAUUGGACCCAGAAUUCAUAAACUUUAAAAUGGUACUGUCUCUGGAGUGUGGUGUGAGUGGAUAUGUUAAGGUCAUAAUCCAUCCUAUCCAGAGGUAGCAUUCAUUGUAAACCUGUAAGUGCUAAGCAAGGAAUUAUUUACUGAUGGAUUUUAGAAAGAACAAAAACCACCCAAGGCUAGAAUGUUUACUCUUUGCUACUUAGAAAUCUUUUCAUUCCUCUUUCAUACAUUCCAACCCACUGGAAGUCUUUAGAGGUAUUUUGAUUUAGAGUGUACUUAAAUUAGGAUUUCUUAAAGUAAAUAUAGGGAGGAAACUUUGCAGGAAAUCAAAAACAGCCUUUCCGUGAUUUGUUUGGCAUCAUACAUUUGGGGAGAGGCAUAACUUUUGUAUUUCACUAAGCUUAAAUCAAGAGCAACUGAUAAUUAAAUCUUGCUACUUAAUAAGGUUUCUAACUUGAAAAUUUGAAAAUAUUUUAUGUUGAAAGACUUCAAUUAGGUUCAUUAAAGAUAUAUGCCCCUGUCAUAGGCAGCUUCUCUUGGGAAGUAAAACAUAUACUACUCAGUUAGGGGGAAAUUCUGUUUUAUUACAGAGACAUACCUCUCAGAAGGUUAGGAGGUUUUGAGUUCCCCAUCCUUGCCACUGAAACUGAAAAAUCCAAGGUUUGGUUUCUCUCUCUCUCCUCUCUCUCAUCUCUCUCUCUCUCUCACCCCUCCCUCCCUCCCCUUCCCCUCCGCCCCCCAACUCUCUCUUUUCCUCUCCAGUUUGCAGUCACUCCUGUUCUUUCCUUUCCUGCCCUCUCUGAGGGCAGUCAUGAAAAUCAAUACAGACUGUGUUCAUUAGCAGAUUAUUCUAUUGAGAAAGCACUGGAAUGUUUUUGUGAGAUUAUUUUUAUAUGAAGGAAUAGCUUGAAUUCAAACAGCUGGUAAGAAUAGUAUGAACACCUCAGCAUGGUGAUUUUAUUAGCACAACAUCACUGUACACACAGUAUUCUGAAAGGAGAUUUAAGACAACUUUGAUUUUCUCAGAGGAACAUUUUGGUUGACUUAAAAAUGCAAGACACAUAGGAUAUAAAAAGAAAAAUUUGUAGUGCUCAGCAAAAAAUAGGGGGCAUAAGGCAGGGAUGGCUGUCCAUCCACUCAUGCAAGGGUGAGAAGCUAUUUCUACCUCUCAAGAGUGAUUAGAAAAGUUUCCAGGGGAGCCUCUAGGCCUGCAGAGAAAGCAAGGCCUCUUGGUAUCCCUUCCUCAGUGUGUAUAUGACAGCAGUAUAAUCAAUACCCUAGGUUAUGCAUCUGUAUAAGAUACUCAUCUGUGAAUAUUAUUGGUUUUGUAAUCUUUGUUAUAUAAGAGGAUGUUUAGGCUGUAUAUACCGGGGUAGAGUAUUGCCUGCCCUAUACAUAGGAAUAUGCUGCAUAAGUGCGCAUAACUUCCAUCUCCUUUACUGGCUUGUAGGCAGAGAAAACCAUAUAUGUUACUGUCUUGUAAUUUUCUCAUAUAUCCCCCCCAAAUUUUUUUUCAAAUAAAAUAAGCAAUCUCUUACUCUCAUUCCCCUUCCCAUAUUUUACAGGCACAUACAAAAAUUUACAUUCUCUAGUUAGGAGUGUAUUUUUUUUUAAUUUUAUCUGUUUUUUUUUUUUUGAAUUUUUUGGUAUGAUGCACUGAGAUGUGUACUUUCUAAUAGGCGGUUGGUACCUAAGAAAUGGAGUAGCAUCAUUCAGAAAACUAUUAUACUUCAAAAUGACACAUAGUAAGGAGAAUGGAAUAAUACAUGUUGCAUACUUGUUACCAAUUGUAAUUUGUCUGUAUUAUGAAAGAUGUAAUGGUUUGU